AUGAUCCUCCCGGCCAGAGGAGCGAGAGAACAGCAGGAGCGCCAGGCAAUGCCGGUCCCAAUAAACGAGCGAUGGAAACGAUGGGAUAGGGUAUGGGAGCCGAGCGGGGAGCAGGUGGUGAAGGGAAAAUCAGAGAAGAGGAUAGUGAGACAAGACUUGGAAGAGCAGGAGCAUGGAAGAGGCAGGAAGAAGAACCUUGAAGUCGUCUCUGCAUACCAAGCCCGUACUAGCCGUACACAGGAGCGGGUCUGUUGUCCCACUGUAUUUGCUAUACUCCUCGCUACAUCCUCAUACCACCUUGGCUGA